UGUUGGUGAAGGGGGAGGGGCCGGGCAUCGAAGGGGAGCCACCAACCACACCAGCGACAGCGUCCGGAAGAUGCUCGUGUUUCAUGGGAGGGUCAGUGGGAUAUAACGUUAAUGAUAAUUGAGCUAAAGGCAAAGCAGACUUCUAAGGACGCUGGCAGGGACAUGCGAACAGCAUGCGGUGACUGAGACGGAGGCCUGAAGGCACAGUAGGUCCGUUGGCAGCGGCAGCAGCAGCAGCAGUAGCAGCCAUCUAGCUUAGAUGAAGGAUGAAGAGCCCGGUGCACAGAUGCAGGGAUGUGGAGCACGGGCGUGGGCAGGGUGGGGCAGGGACCAACUGCCUACAGGCCGAGCAGCGCAUCCCUAUCUCCAAAGACGUCAUCACUUCCUCCUCAGCCUCUGCCAUGUGGUUCAUCAGGGACGCCUGCGGCAUCAUCUGCGCCGUCAUCACCUGGCUUCUGGUGUUCUACGCCGAGUUUGUGGUGCUGUUCGUGAUGCUGUUGCCCUCCAAGAAUCUGACAUACAGCAUUGUGAACGGCACCCUGUUCAACACUCUGGCCUUCCUUGCCCUUGCCUCACACCUCAGGGCCAUGUGCACCGACCCCGGGGCGGUGCCAAAAGGGAACGCUACUAAGGAAUACAUAGAAAGCCUUCAGUUGAAACCAGGGCAGGUGGUCUACAAAUGUCCCAAGUGCUGCAGCAUCAAGCCUGACCGAGCACACCACUGCAGUGUUUGCAAACGCUGCAUACGGAAGAUGGACCACCACUGCCCCUGGGUCAAUAACUGUGUUGGGGAGAACAACCAAAAGUACUUUGUGCUUUUCACAAUGUACAUUGCACUCAUCUCUCUCCACGCUCUGGUCAUGGUGGUCUUCCAUUUCCUGAACUGCUUUGAAGAUGAUUGGACAAAGUGCAGUUCCUUCUCUCCUCCAGCAACAGUCAUCCUACUCAUACUCCUGUGCUUUGAGGGUCUCCUCUUCCUCAUCUUCACCUCUGUGAUGUUCGGCACCCAAGUCCACUCCAUCUGUACCGACGAGACCGGCAUAGAGCAGUUGAAAAAGGAAGAGAGAAGAUGGGCUAAAAAAACUAAAUGGAUGAACAUGAGGGCGGUAUUUGGACACCCUUUCUCCUUAUUGUGGUUUAGUCCCUUCUCCACCCCUGACCACGGGAAGGCUGAGACCUACCAGUAUGUGGUGUGAGAGCUCAGCGCAGGGAACGAGGCGGCCCGGGUCAAAACAAAAGUGGGAACCGUGGGAAGCCGUGCCCAGCCCCACAGAGCUCAGCUAUGACAGUCUGUCACUCCCAAUGCUGAACGUGAUUUACACUGUAUCUCCCACGCUAGCCAUGGACAGCUUGCCAUCUGCUUUAUGUGUUGCCAACUAAGUGCGCUAUUCGUUUAUUUUUGUGUUGCCUUGAGUGAGUCGAGUUGCAGAGAAAAAGAAAACACUUUCAGUUUGUGAAUCCUGUUUGCAAACACUGUGAUAAAUCUGUUUUUUUCUCAGCUAUUUCUAUUUCUGUUGUUGUAUCAGAAGCUUUGUCUUUUCAUGCUCUGUGUUUUCUCUUCCUUUCCCUGAAGGGUUAGUUCAGCCAAAUUCACAAACAAUACAUGUUCUCAUUUACUGGUGUCUGGCCACAUUGAUAGUUUUACUUGUAGGUGAUGAGGUACCACCCCAAUACAAUGGAAGAGAAUGGAAUCUGCCAAAUACUUAUUCUAUAUCUAUAAAAUGUAACUUUUACUUGCUUAUUUUAUUAAACAGUCCAAAGCCCAAAGAUAUUUAAUUUACAGUCAUAGAGACUGAGAGAAAUGAUAAAUAUUACCAUUUGAGGAGCUGCAACCCCUGAAACAGAAGAAUUGCUAUUAUCCAACUGAAAAAAUCCCACCUCCUACCUUCAGGCCUCCCCUAGAGCUACUGCCCAAAACACAUUUUCAUGAGCAAUGAGUGCCCACAGGUAGGUAGACGGGCAGGUAGGCCAGCCAUCGUUUUCUUUCCCCCCAGAGGAUAAGAUUUAUUGAUUGCCCCUGCGAUGUAAAGAGUAUUUCAACAAGAGGGUGUCAAAUCCAAUAAUCUGAAUUGUAGGCCUUAAACUGUCUUAAAUAUGAUUUUGACAGGACUCAUUUUGUAUUAAUCAUGCUGUAAGAACUACAAAACCAGUGCAGAUUUUUCUUCAUAACCUUUGUACUUUUCCAGUAUGGACAUCAAUAGGUCUUAAAUUGCAUUUAUAAUGGUCUUAAAUUGACCUGCAGAUUUCAACGGAACCCUGUAAAACAAAAGGUGCUUCUGAAAUCUGUGUAUUUUACAGUGAGGUCUGGACUGUCCAGAGUAACCAGGACAUUGUUUCUGGAUAUACAAUAUGCUUUUGAGUUUUUUAAACAGGGUUCCAUUCACCUCCAUUGUACUAGGGUGAGAGUGAAAAUUUCUAUGUUCUAUUCUAUUCUGGAAACUAUCUGCAUGGCUACAUAAAGUGUAAAAAUAUGUCUUUUUUGUUAAUUUGGGUGAACUGACCCUUUUUAAAUCUCCCUCUUGCCGUACAGCUAUCAGCAGUGUGUUCCAGAUGUGGAUAAAAUGAAGCUUUUAAAGAGGUCUUCACUAGAAUGGAUUGGAUGAAUGAAUGAUUAGGUUACAGACUCUACUAUCAGAUUGCUUGUGGGAGUCGUUGUGCUAACAGAUCCAUUCUGAGGCCGACCCUUUUAAAUGGUGGCAAGUUCAGCACAUAAAGGAACAGUUUGUCUUCAUUAUUGUGGAUUUGUGGUUAAUUAUGAAUGUGGAAAUAUUUUAAAUACACCCCACCUCCAGGAUUUCACUGGCUGUUUUUGGGAUUGUUGCGGCCAAAACUACUACUUUAAUACAAAAUUGCGAUGCAUGUUGCGAUGUUUGCAGGCAUUUUUUGCAAUUAAAUUGCAGGAGAAAGUGAAAAUUGCAAAAAUAGUUAACAAUAGUUUUAGAUUUAUUUUGUAUAAUUCAUGAAAAAAAUCAAAGGUAACUUGUUCCAGUGAGAAUGAAAAGUGAAUCAUAGCAUCGUAGGGGGCUGUGCAAUGUGCAAAUUGCAAUGUCGUGCAGAAUUUAUUUUGAUUCGUUGAAACUGUGUUCAUUUUUGUGAUGGCAACAGCUCAACUUCCCGGAGGGACUGUCAAAUUUUACCAGCCACUUAAUUGUUUUUCUGGGCCUGAGAGUAGAGCAAAUCACCCAGCCACUUGCAUACUUUACCAGCAUUUGGCUGGUGCAAAUUUUGUGCCCUUGAUUCAAACUGUCCACAGCUCACCUGUGAGACACCGCUCAAAUAGACAGUAUCUCACCAUAGAGGGGAAAAAAAUGCUCCUUUAAAAUGUUGUAUUUGAGCCUCACAUGAACUUAAGUAUCCUUCUGAGAAAACGACAUACAAGGCCCAAAAAGUCAUGUGUUUUAAAUGACUUUAAUAGCUACAUGUUGUCCAAGUGUGGAACAUUCUCUCUGAUUCCUCUCUGAUACAUGCUUGACAUGAACGAAGCAUUUGCUGGAGAGCAUUGAUGUAUAAUUUUUUUUCAUUAUCAAAAUGAACCAGGAAGUUUCUGAUUGCUCCACCUAACAGGAUCAAUCCAGAAUCAAAACGCUGCAGCAGGUUUUGCUGAAUCAUUCUUGCAGUGCUGCUCAUUGAAGAAAUGAAAUGAUUUCAAUCUGUACAAAUGUCUUUGAGCGGUAAAACGUGGCUGUUAGAAUGUUUUCAGUAGUCAACAACCAUACUGUAAUACAUGCUCAUUCUCCCUUUUUCUUUGAGGGAAGGUUUGGCCGCCCACACUAACACCAACGCUCCCUGUGUGUGCGCGCUCUAAGCCCAUGUGGUGUUUUGGUGUUGUGAGCGUGUGCCAAAUUCAGUGAACCCCACAAUUACAUGAUUACUUGGGGGAAGCUUUCAAAUGAAAUGCCUGGAUAAAAGGACACUGGCCUAGCUUUAAAGUUGUCAUGGCUGGAUAAAGUGUGUUAAAUCCUGUGUGGAUUCAAAGGGAAGCAGCAUAUAGAAAACUGCAUACAUCUUAUUAUGCAGCAGCGGGAUAUUAGCUGGACUAUUUCUGCACUAUUUAACAUAAGUAUUAACUUUAUCAGUCACAUUCUCACGAGUACUAGAAAGGCUAAUUCGCACUUUGUAUUUAUCAUUUAAGAUUUUUUUCUCCUGUGUGAACUGCUCUGUUCUGAAGUGUGCAUUUUAUCCUUCUAUUCUUUGUUUACAUGAUAUUGUAUGUAUCCUUUGUUAUCUGAAUGCAUGGUACAGGUGAAGGCUAGUUUAGUAAUGUAUGUGAAACACUGCUGGUAUGAUGGUGCCAAGUCUCGCCGGUGAGAGUGAUGGUGGAGAUGAUUUGUUUUUUACAGAAAUUUUAAUUCUUUCUAAAUAUUCUGAAGAUAUUUCAGCACAUGCGCAGAGAAUAAAUACUUCUCAGUUGCAAUGCAAAAA